AGUGACAGCCGCGCUGCCCAAUGGCGAUGGAGCGGGGGUGUUUAAACCGCGGCGGCGGCGGUUGCGGCCCGUAACGGAGCGGCGGGAGCGGCGCGGCCCGGCCGGGCCGGAGAAUCCACCCUGUUUGGUGGGAAUCAUGGCGGGGGCGUCGGGCGCCUGGCCGGGAGGCAGCGAGGAACUGGCACGUCCCCAUGACGACCCCUAUGCCGACGCCUCCAUCGUUUUUGGGGCACAGGCAGACCUUCCAGUGCAUUCUGAGGAUCAGAGGAAAAACAGGAAGUUGGUGAUGAAGAGGAAGGUGCUGAGGCACAGACCCGAUGGAAUGGUGGAGAUCUUCGAUGAGUCAGUGAACAGCGAGCCGGGGUGCAGUGCCGAGCCCGAGUGCAGUGCCGAGCUGUGGAAGAGAGGGCAUUCCAGGGUUUUUAUGGAGGACACCAUCUCUGAAGGGGAAAUCAGCAGCGACUCCCUGGAGGAGUGCAUGCCCUAUGAUGAGUGGCUCCUUGAGGAUGCUGGGAGACAGAGCACGUCUCAGCGCUCCACUCGGGUCGGAUCACCCACGUCCUACAUCCUUCCACAGGUUGGCAUACGGAAGAAAACUGACCCAGUGGCCAAAUUCCAUGGAUACAGGCAAGACUGGGAGAGAUACAGCUUCCCUGGGGAGGAUCCACACGAUAGGCUGCGCUGGACCAUUCGGAGGCAGAUGGCCCAGCCAGGGGUGCCGCGCCGGGCGCCGAAGCGCCUCGUGCCCAACACAUACGUGGUUCCCACGACCAAGCAGCGCGACUCCCUGCGCUUCGGCGUGCGCAGGGACCUGGCCAACUGCAUCAUGCCCCGCAGGAACACCUCCUAGAGCCUCAGCCCCCGCUCCAGCCCCACCGCCUUCCCCUCCUCAACAUCCUCCAUCGCCUGGAAAAUCCCCUCGCCGCGUUCCCGCUUUGCUCUGGAGGAGGGUUUAUUUGCGAUGUCUUGGCAGCACCUUUUCUUUUAAUAAAGCACCUGCAAACG